UUUGCCACAGUUGGCUCACAACGCAGGCAAUCAACACGAGUAAGUCAGUGUGCGCUUCGUGCUCAAGGCCGACGGGUCCCAGCGCCACCGCGCAUCUAUCGGUCGUGUACCUGCGUAUCGAGCGUCCUAUCAGUUGAGGGAGUGCGGACAGAUUCUCCCAUCAAAAUAAUUUCUUUUUUCCCAGACGGUCCUUUCCAGAAGCCUGUGUCCGGGUCGCGCAUUGUCGUGUGCACACGGCGCGCAAGCGGAUGGACGUCGACAUCGAGAAGCUUCUCCAUGAGGAAAACGAGCUGAAGAGCCAACGUGAAAAUGCAUCGUAUUCGGUUGGUCUAGACGCCAAGGUGAAUAUGCUAAAGUAUCUUCAAGUCCAGACAGUACUUCAAUACGAAGCAGCGUACGACGCACUGUACUACGAGCUCAACAAGGAAGGAGGCCUUGAGUGUCUUCGCAACAUCGCCCCGGUAGACACGGGCGACCCUCUCCAGCCCAAGGUCUUGAACCUGCAAGACUACAGUAAUGCGGACGAUCGACUUGCAAAACAGCUUAGGUUCUAUCUUGCUGACGCUGAGCUUGCAAAGAAGCGUUUGGACGAGCUUGUGACGAAUGCGGCGGAAGGCUUGGAAACGUGCAAUGUCCACUGCGUGGUUGUCAAGUCUCUGGAAAGCACGCGACGGAAGGCCAGCCAGUUCUGUGGUGGUGACGUCCGAAAGGUUGCUGACAUGGCUAGGGUUACUGUGAUCUGUGACACACCGGAGGCCUUGAAGCAGGUGUUCUCCAAAAUCAUGGGAUUGCUCCAGCCGCAAGAUGUUCUGCGGGUCAAAAACGGCUUCGACUCCGACUGGACGCCUGGCGGUUAUCGGGACGUGAAAGUGAACCCCGUCGUGAACGAGCACCUUUGUGAGAUUCAGCUGCAGCUCCGCAACUUCUUUACAUUGAAAAGCGGCCAACACGCCGUAUACACGUGGGCGCGGGACCUCAACGUCGUCACGAAGAUGCAAGCUACAGAUCUGUUCAAGAAUGUAUCUCGCCUGGUUAUGGAGGAGAUGAUCCACCUGGCUCGGCAGAACUGGUGUGGAACUUGGCACUGGCUUCCGGAGAUACAGCUCGCUGCUGGACAGUACGAAGAGGCCGAGAAGGGCCUCAGACAGCUACUCUUGGAGGCCGAAGAAGCAUUGUCGCGUUUUGAGGACAGCAGUGACACGAAGGAAUCGAGACAGGCAUUGCUCACCUUACAAACAGCCAAGGGAACUCUCGGCUUUGUUCUACAGCAACAGGGCAAAUUUGCAGAGGCCGAGUCACUCUAUAAAAACUCCCUUGCCAUCCUCGAGGAGGUUCUAGGUGCUGAGCACCCCGAUGUGGCCACCACGCUCAGCUAUCGAGGGCUGUUGUUGAACCGCCAGGGCAAGCUCGCAGAGGCCGAGCCCCUAUAUGAUCGGUCACUGGCCAUACGAGAGAAGGUGCUGGGUCCGGAGCACCUCCAUGUGGGCGAGUCGCUCAACAAUCUGGCGGGGUUGUCAAAGCAGCAGGGUAAGUACGCUGUGGCCGAGCCGCGCUUUGAGCGAUGCCAGGGGAUAUUCGAGAAGUCUUUAGGUUCGGUGCACCCACAUGUGGGAACAGUCCUCAGCAACAGAGCUGAGCUGUUGCAGAAGAAGGGUAAGUACGAAAUCGCAGAUCCCCUCUACGUGCGAGCCCUGGAAAUUCUGGGUGCAACCGUGGGCGAAGAACACCCCGACUACGCUUCAGCGCUCAGCAACCGAGCGGGGUUGUUGUCCGAGCAGGAUCAUCCCAACGUUGCCGCGAUUCUCAACAACCGCGCGAGGUUGUUGGAGGCACCGGGCAAGUACGAGGAAGCUGAGCCACUCUAUGAGCGAUGCCAGGCGAUAGACGAGAAAGUUCUUGGCCCUGAACACCCGGAUUUGGCCACAACGCUCUGCAACCGAGCGCUCUGUUUGAAGGCGCAGGGGAAAUAUGCCGAGGCAGAGGCACUGUACAAGAGGUGUCAGGCGAUAGACGAGAAGGGCAAAUACGCGGAAGCUGAGUCGCUCUAUGAGCGGUCGCAGGUCAUUCAAGAGAAGGUGCUGGGUCCAGAGCAUCCUGAGUUGGCCCAGUCGCUCAACAACCGGGCGGCGUUGUGGCACAAGCAGGGGAAGUACGAGCAAGCCGACCUACUCUAUGUUCGAGCUAUUAACAUCUGGGAGACGGCAUUGGGCCCUGAUCACCGUCGAGUGGCUACUGGACUCAACAAUCGGGCGGGGUUGUUGCAGGAGCAGGGCAAGUACACGGAAGCUGGGCUUCUAUUUGCGCGGGCCACUGAGAUUUUCGAAAGGGCUUUAGGUCCUGAGCACCCAUUGGUGGCAACAGCGCUCAACAACCGGGCGGCGUUGUUGCACAAGCAGGGCAAGUACGACGAAGCUGAUCCGUUGUACCGGCGGGCCCUUGCGAUAGACGAGAAGGUGCUGGGUCCGGAUCACCCCGACGUGGCUAUAGGUCUCAACAAUCGGGCAGUGUUGUUGGAGAAGCAGGGCAUGUACAGCGAGGCGGAAGCGUUGUGUUCGAGGGCUAUCGCUAUCGGAGAGAAAGCCCUGGGUCCGAAACAUCCAGACCUUGCCGUGUGGCGCAACCACCUUGUGUUCUUGAAGAGUCAGGUCAACUCCAAAGAUCUAUCAGUGUGCGAUCAGAGCAGAAUACUGGUGGACCAAUUCGAUUGGACCACUGACGAAACGUACUUCGACGCAGAUGCCGGCGUUCGACUUGUCGUGCGUCCAGACUGUCUCAAAGAGGGGGAGGUGGCGGGACCCAUUUCUGUUGUCACGGACAAGAGGCACAUCGUGGAGAGGGGAGAUGGCUUGUUCCUAUUGUCAACUAUGAUCGAUUGCCAGCCCUCGGGCACAAUCUUUCAGGACCCUCAAAACCCGUUGGUUCUGGAUUUUGUAUUUGGAGAGGAAGAUGAAGACUCGCAAGGAACCGAUGACACCGACGAAGACACCGAAGAUGGGAAAGAAGACCUGGCCAUUCUUAGGGCUACAUAUAAGGCGAGGGUGUUCUGGCGCAUGGAAGAAGGCCAGCCUUGGGAGCUUCAUGAGGACGGCGCUUGGGAUUUCGACGAUCAGCUCAAGAAGUACUUCCUCCGGGUAAAAAUUCGACACUUCAGUGACGUCUGCCUCGGAACGGAACUCAGCCUUCACUCCAGUUGUGACAGCUGUGUAGUGUCACGCGGCCGCACGAAGAAGAGGCAGCUUGAGUUCGUGAAUGCCACAGAUAAAAAAAUUGUUUUUAAGGUGCUUCCGACGGGGUACUCAACGAGCGCGACCAAAUCGAUCAAUGCGGGUGUAGAGGUCCCGGGAAUAGUGGGAGUCACCGUAGGUUUAGACCGAGAGUCGGAAACUGUCAUCAUGUCGGCGGCGACGGCCCCCUCCACCUUUUCAGUCCCUUUUAAGAAGAAAGCUGGAACACCGAAAGCUGGAGAUGUGUGCCCCGCCCACACAUACAACAUCCCAAAAAAAAUGAGGGGCGAGGCAAGGGUGUACAUGUACACUUCCGACCGCCAGGAACCAUGGUUAAACGAAGUGCACCCAGAAAGGACACAAUUGGUCGUUCUUCCACCCAUGUUUUCUGGCGGGCCCACUCCAAGCGCCAUAGACGUCGUGGAUGCUCAAGCCCCGGCAUCUACCGAACCGUCGGAAGAUGGCGCAGAUGGUGCCAGUGUAGCUCAACCCACUCCAGAGAUAAAGGGGCGUAUCCUCGGGAGGUGAGGAAGGUGGCCGAAGUGCAGCCCAGCCUGCUCCAGAUAGAGAGAAAACGGGUUGGGGGUCCACGUAUGUGGUCACGUAAACAUUCUUGUCGAUCUUGUUGCGUAACUACUGAAGUGGCUGGUGCGAGUGGGGAUUCUUGGAUGCCGGCGGCUAGCCAUCGGUGUGAUAUAAUAGGCAAGCCGAGGAACGGGCUGUGAUAGCUAGGGGAGUGGGGACGCCGUAGCCAAUGCAUAUUGGGUCAAGAAAUUGAUGUCAUUGGCGUGAACGUGUAGAUACGUGGCCAACCUUUUGGGUUAAGAAUGAGGUUGUGUCCGCGGCCAUAGGUAAGCAUUUGAGCUUCAUGGUGCGUUCCACUCAAGUGGCCCCGCUGGAUGAAUCUACUGCGGGUGGUCCCUACGGGUUGUCCUGGUUCAGACGCUGUUUAUAGGGAGCGAACGGCAAGUAGCGGAAGCGGUUGUUGACCUAGCGCCAGGCGACCUUGCGUUCACGAACGUCAGCGAACAAUGGGGUGGAUCGGGGUUGUAUCUUGUUCGGUUUGUAGCUAGAGGCUACCAACAAAGAGCACAACCUGAACCGACUGCCGACCACUUCACCUGCAUUAGUACAUGACUUCGGCGCCCACUCCAACACCCAACGC